CUCUCUCUCUCUGUGGGCAGAAUGUCUCAUGGAGGAGUUUUGGAUGCGUCUGUGAACAUCCACAGGUAGUUGCACAGUCUGCUUUUAGCGCUAUCACUUUUGCAUGUAAUUCCUCGCGAGCGCUUUUGGACACGAGAGUCUUCUGCCUUCAUAUCUGUUUUAAUUGUUGCAUGCGCGUUAUUGUAAACACAUCGGCAUACGGCAGCGAUGCGCGUUUAUAAACCUUUGCGAAUGCAUUUUACGUAAGUUUCCGCUUUAUUUAUUUAUUUUUCUUUGCUUGGGAAAUCGCGCAUGGAUUGUGUUGCAAGUUUGUGAAUGUGAAGGCAACGGCGGAAUACAAUGGCAAGCGAUUUGAAGCCUCGCUUGUGCGUAAUGAAGAAAGGAGAGAACGGCUAUGGGUUUCAUCUGCACGGAGAGAAAGGAAAAACCGGACAGUACAUACGGAAAGUGGAACGCGCGUCCCCGGCGGAGGCGUCGGGACUGCGCGCGGGUGACCGUGUGGUGGAGGUGAACGGCGAGAACGUGGAGAGAGAGACACACCAUCAGGUGGUGCAGCGGAUUAAAGCUGUGGAACAUGAGACCAGACUGCUGGUGGUUGACAGAGAGACUGAUGAGUAUUUCCGCAGUCUUCGUCUCACCUGCACUGAGGAAAUGGCCAUCCGCACGAGCCCUACAGCCACGACCCCUUUACCCUCACCCUCCACCAGUAAACAGGGCAAUGGAUCAGUGUCCAAACGGAGCGAGAUUUCCAAACCCAUCAGGAAACCUCCGUCACGAGCUCUCAAGAAGGAUGUUCAGCCCUCAUCAGAAUCCUCGACGCGGGAUCCAUCUGAGCUUGUCCCGAGGCUCUGUUUCCUGGUUCGCUCUGACACGGGUUACGGCUUCAAUCUGCACAGCGAGAAGUCUAAACCGGGUCAGUACAUUCGGGCGCUGGACCCUGGAUCGCCCGCUGAUCGCGCCGGACUCAAACCACAGGACAGACUCAUAGAGGUGAAUGGAGUGAACAUUGAAAGCAUGAGGCACGCUGAGGUUGUGGCCUUCAUCAAGAACGGCGGGAAAGAAACCCGUUUGCUGGUGGUAGAUCCAGAUACAGACGAGCAUUUCAAGAAGAUGAACAUCACUCCUACCAGCAUCCACGUCAAAGAUUUUGAUGAGUCUAUAACGAACGGCUCCUCCAGCCCUCAUGUAAACGGGACGUCCUCGCGAUCCACACAUUCAGAUGGCAGCAGUCAGGACAACAACGUACAGUACUCGAGCAGUCACCUCCUGGACCCGUUUGAAGAAACAGGUCUGAAUCUGAGCCCCACGGCGGCCGAGGCUAAAGAGAAAGCCCACGCCAAACGCGCCAGAAAGAGAGCGCCGCAGAUGGACUGGAACAAGAAACAUGAGAUCUUCAGCAAUUUCUGAAUCUCCAAAAAACAAACUCCCCCUGUUUGAGCUUCUCCUAAAGACAAAAAAAAAGCAAAACAGGCUCCUAUUUUUGUAGAAAAUGGAAAAGAUGAAGCUAAAAAAUCUGAGAAAACUCACCCGGAGGAGAUCAUGUAAGUUACACAGUAGGAUUUCUAUCUUAUAAAGGGAUGAGAGAGAGAGUCAGCAAAAGGAUUUCUGCGUCAUUUCAUGUUCACGCUGUUUAUUCAGCCACUUCAAUAUCGUACUUUCACAAUAACUGGAAACCAAAAGCCAAAUGAGACUACAUAUAACCUGUGCUUUAUAUGCACAUCGCUCUAUGAACAAAACCAUUUCGAAAGACCAACCCAGUGCGUGUGUUUCUGUGGAUUAUCAGAAGAAUGUACUUUUGCCAAAGACACACAAACCUAUAAUCAAGCUGAUGUCUGCUGCGUUUGGAUCGUUUUGAAGGGAUGAACCACUAUUGGAUGUUGAAUUGCUGAGAAGACAAAACUGGAGUGGCCCAGAAAGAGAGUUGCACAUCACUUCUUCUACACUAGAGGGCGCUGUUAAUGCUCUUUUGCUUAUGAACGAACAGGUUUGAGUUAAAUGCUAUCAGUUGUUGCAUAUUCUAUGAAGCAGUGUUUCCCAAAACUCUUCCUAGAGGCACACCAACAGUACAUAUUUCGAUGUCUCCCUUAUCUGACCCAUUCACUUCAGGUUUUGAAGUCUUUUCUAAUACUCUGAUGAGUUGAUUCAGGUGUGUUUAAUUAGAAAGAGGUGGAAAAUGUGUACUGUUGGUGUGCCUUUAGGAACAGGGUUAGGACACAGUGCUAUAAAAGAUUAGGAACACUUCUUUCACAUUUAAAACAAUAGAAAUCCUAACAUUUACAUUUGAUUUGACCUGCUUUGUCUAAAUAACAAAUGUUUUCAUUUGCUGGAAUAGUGGGAAAGCUGGGAAAUCUGACAAAUAUUAACUUCUUGACUCAUCUGAAGUUGACUAUAAAUAUACAGCAUAGGUUG